AAAAGAAUCUGUCACAUUUGACGUAAGAAAUAUAAAAAAAAAACUUCCUUGGCCACUCGCAGUUUUGUCUUUUCCAAUUUGAUUUUUUGAAACCAAAAUUCAUUUUUUGUGUUAAAUUCGAUUCAAUCCAAAAGCCACAGCAAUGCCGGAAGCUCGUAGUCCUAUGGAGGCUUUUGCCAAUUCGGUUUUGGGCAUGAUUGAUGGACCAAUUACUUGGUUUAAGGAAUCAAUUGUUGAACCAAAUCAACAAAAGUAUCCUUGGUACCAUGAGAAAUUCCGUCGUGUGCCAACCAUCGAUCAGUGCUACACUGACGACGCUGUCUGCCGCUUCGAAGCCGAUCAACAAUUCCGUCGCGAUCGCAUGGUUGACAAUGAAGUUCUAAAUGUUCUUCGUCAACGUUUUGAAGAUUGUGUUCUUUACGAGUCACCCGAUCAUAUGGUCAAAUGUCGACCAGUUUUAGAUGAUUUGGAAAAGGCUCAAGAGAAUUGGUUUAUCAAAUAUGGUGAUUUAGGAGCAUAUGCAAAUGCCAAGAGUUGUUACAUGAAACAAAAGCAUCGAUUAAUCUGGGAACGUCGUCAUGGACCCGUUGGUACUGGCAUGAAGACAUCCGAAGAAGAACAUCAUUAACCGAAAAACUCCAAAUGUGAUGGAAUCACAAAAAAUAAUAAGAAAAACAAAACGAAACAUCUUAAGAAAUUGUAUGGCAUUCUUUUGGGAUGAAAAACCUUAUAUAAUAUUAAAAAUGCAAUUGCUAGAAAUUCCAAGGUGA